GAUCUCCAGCAUCCCUCCAACCCAUUGUACCCCAAGAUCCGUUGCCUAGGUUACAUCUCCAGCUGCCACCUGAAGCGAAGCAUCACAGCAUCCUCCUCACGAACUACAACAACUCACACGUCAACGCCUUUUCAAUAUCAUACAAAAAAGGGAUCUCACGAAACAAAAAUGAAAUAUAUGUAACGGUUAAAAGAGAGCGCAUAUAUUUCGACCCGGGUGCGAGGGAGCGCGCGUGCGCGCACCGACCCUCCUCAUUGUGAUUGUCAGUGAAGAGAGGCGGGCUCAUAUGGAGGGCCGCCGUUCAGCUCUGCAGCGACUGCAGCGUCUCCCGCUGCCUGCUCUUCUUCCGCGCGCGUCUCCGUGAGCGCUGUGAUGUGAAUAUUAAUGAUGUUGCGCGAAUCUCCGCGCUCAUUUUCACCGCUUUCACCUAUCUAAGAGACCUGGAGGCGGAACCACAUAUUUAAAUAUACCUGCGUGACAGAUGAAUAAUUCUUCACAUUUUUGUGAAAGAAGACGUGUUUACUUAAUCGCUGUUUACAGACACGACUUUUCAAGAGCAGCAUGGCAGAAGCCCCUGUCGAAGAGGACACACCAAAAGAGCAGGAGAGUGUCACCCCACAUGCCAGUGAUCCCCUGCCAGGGCCUGGAGCUGCUCUGUGGGGUAGAAUAUUGAAAGCAAGUGUCACGGCUGGUGCUUUCCUCCUGCUGUACUCGCUGUCUCAACUCACAGGUUUGUGGGUUCAUUACAUGCUGAAUGGAUACAGGGCUUUUCCAGCCGCACACAAAGUUUUGGACCUUCUACAGUACCUUCUCUCCACCAGUGAUGCCUCUGACCAACAGAUGGAGAUUUGGAGGGUAGAGAGUUUUUUGCCCCUCAUAGCUACACUCUUCUUAGGUGUUGUCAUCAUUGGUACUGGAACACUGUUCUGCAUUAAAACCCUGGUGCCUGGAAACCCAACUUGCUUUCCUGAUGAUCGCCGUCAGUCCAUGAGCAGGCAACCCUCCUUUACAUAUUCAGAAUGGAUGGAUACCAAACAGGAUGAUUUUUAUGAACUGGAUGCUGUUCCUGAGACACCCGUGUUCGAUUGUUUUAUGGACAUAAAGACUGAAGCUGAUGCUGUCACGCUCACUGUUCAGUCUGUGGGUUUGCAGGAAAGGAGAGGUUCAAACGUGUCGUUGACUCUGGACAUGUGUACCCCUGGCACUACAGAGCCGUAUGGAGCCCUCUUGUCCCCCAGAGAUCAGAGCACACAGGAAUACCUGGAGAAUGCAUCCAACCUGCUUACACCUGAACAGCUGCAUAAACGCGCUCUAGACGAUGCUGUACUGCAGGCUGAGUUUUACGAAACACCCAUGAACUUUGUGGACCCCAAGGAAUAUAACAUACCUGGAGUGGUUAGAAAAAAUCGCUACAAAACCAUACUACCAAACACGCAUAGCAGAGUUUGCUUAAAAGAAAAAGGGGAGGGGGAUUUUCUAAGCACCUAUGUUAACGCAAAUUAUUUGAAGGGCUAUGGAGGGAAAGAGAAGGCGUACAUCGCUACACAAGGUCCCACUGUAAACACAGUGGGGGAUUUCUGGAGCAUGGUUUGGCAGGAGCGCUGUCCCAUUAUCGUCAUGAUCACCAACAUCGAAGAGAAAAAUGAGAAAUGCACAGAAUACUGGCCAGAGGACAGUGUUGUCUGUGAGGGUAUCAAGAUCACUGUCAAACAGGUCAUCCAAGCAGAUGACUACAGUUUAAGGAUUUUCACUGUGAAGAGUGAGGGUGAGGAGCGCACUAUCAGACAGUACUGGUACACGUCUUGGCCAGAUCAAAAAACUCCAGAUAAAGCCCCACCUCUGCUAGAAUUGGUUCAGGAAGUGGAGGAAGCAAGAAAACAGUCUCCGCCUACCAGUGGUCCUGUCAUUGUCCACUGCAGUGCCGGGAUUGGACGCACCGGCUGUUUCAUUGCAACCUCCAUCUUGUGCCAGCAGCUAAGAAAUGAAGGGGUGGUUGAUAUCCUCAAGACCACCAGCCAGCUACGCUUGGACAGAGGUGGGAUGAUUCAGACAGCAGAGCAGUAUCAGUUUGUUCAUCAUGUACUCAGCCUGUAUGAAAGACAGAUUCAGAAGACCUCAGAAGAGUAGAGCCUCCAUGAGUGCACAACCUUCACACCCCUCCUUAUCUGAAGAUAUGAGGCAGGGACUGACGUCCAGUAGAUCUCAUGUUUUUAUAUACAACAGUAGUGUAGGAUGAACAGGCCCGAUAUAAGAUACUACAUUACCCACAAUUCCUUUCCCUGUUUGCUUAGUCCCAUACCUAAUCCAGACACCAGUCAGUUAUUAAAUUUAGUUGAUUGAUUGAUUUAUUUCUAUUUUGUUUAUUUGUCUUAAUGCGAAACGCAACAAUGUUUCUAUGUGUGUAACCUUCAUAGGCAGCGACAUUGUGUGAACACAAUAACAAGCAGACACAAAGGCCUCCAUCUGUUUGAGAUAGAUUUCUGAGCCUAAAUGACAGCAAUUUUUCUUUUACUGCAUUUUUACAGGAUUUAUAACGUAUGGUAACUUUAAGAUUUGUUGUGAAGUGUGUGUGUGUGUGUGUGUGUGUGUGUGUGUGUGUUGUGUGUGUGUGCGUGUGUGUGUGUGAGUGUGUGUGUGUGUGUGUGUGUGUGUGCAAAUGGUCAUAUGUUGAACAAUUCGCAAUCUGUCAGUGUGUAUGUGUGUGUGUGACUACUGGAGCCACAGAGAGAGCGGAAGGGAGAGAAAAUGUUUACUAUAUGUGCUAUGAUGAUUAUCAGACUUAACUCCGGAAGUGGGUUGGUCUCUAGGGAGAGGUUAGCCUACCACAUGUAAUACAAAAUGGCCUUAAUAUGUGUCUUUCUGUCCUAUCUAGGGUUGUUUUGAGAUGUUGUCGAGCAAUUCUAAAGGCAGUGUGGUUUUGCAGCCUGUCAUAGUCUCAUUAGAUACAAUUAGAAGUGAGACGGAUGCCUUUUGCCUUCUUGGUUUGCGUGUUGUUGAUGCUACAACCUGAAAAGUUUGAGUUGGACUCUAAAAAGCAUUGAUGCUGCACCUCAAGGUUUUAUGUAUCGAAAUGCCGAAACACUGUUUCCAACUAAUUUGUAAAUCAUAGCGUGUAUCAAGCAGAAAUCACAACGGUGGGACGUAUAUAGUUGUUCUGUUUUUGCCCUGGACGUCCAGGUUACUGUGACUCAUCUGUGACUUACCUUUAUUUUCUUAGCUUGUUUUGCUCUGGAUACAUUAACAUUGUUUAUAUGUGGGUCUGCGUAUCUGAAUAGUUGAAAUGUAUAAUCAGUAUUUGCCAAAGUUGGCAGCUCGUACAGCUUUGCUGUGACUUGCAGUUUGCAUGAGCAAGUACAUUUUGAAGUUCUAUUUAAUUCUGAGCAAGACGAUUUCGAAAUAAGCAGAUGUCUGUGUGAUCAAGUGAUCAUGAGCUUGAGAUAUGGCGGAGUCUCUGCUGAUGGAAUGACCAUCUUCAAUCAAUGACCUCAUAUGAUCCAGAUGGAAGCACAACACUGGAAUUCUAAUGCAAGUAAACCUUCGACUUUCUCAAACAGUACAGCUGUUACUCUGAUGGUAUCCGGUUGUCAUGUGUUCCUAACAAGAUGUUUCAUCCAGGCAGCACUGACCUGAAAGUAGGACACCUUCUUGUUACACCUGAUAUUUUACUUUUGUCGCCAGUUCAAGGCCUCAAGAUAGUGACUAAAAUGGACUUUCUUGCUUUAAUUGCUGCUGUUAUAAUAGUCUUUUUAUUAGGCUAUAGCAGAACUGCUUUUGUGUUUAGUUGGUACUGAGUGAUUGAAUUUUUUUAUUUAAUUAACUGAUAUACUGUAUUACUCUUAUUUAUGGAAAGAAUUUUGUCUCUAUGUUUUCGUGCUGUUAUUAUACUGCCAAAGACUUUAGUAGUCCAUCACACAGAACAACACACACACAGAAGACAUCCUAAUUCUACAUUUCAAACCGUAGCGAGACCAACAUGUGGCAUUGUAUACAUGUAUGAAACCAGCAUUUAUAUUUUUAUCCUGUUUUAAAGCAAAGAAACUGGAUUCCCACAGUAAAACCUGUCUCCUCUUUUACUCAUAUUUUUAUUGAUCAAUACUAUUUUGUAAACAAUUUAAUAAGAAGGAAAAUGUCUCUAAUGAGAACUUAUGUUAUCUACUAAUGAUCUAAUGAUCUAACUAAUGAUCAACCAGGGUCAAGCUAAAGGAGGAAACAGGUUUUGAUUUAAUAUGAUCUGUUUACUCCUUUAAAGGAACAGUAUAGUAAAUACAAGCAACAUUGACAGCAUCUUAGGCAUACUACUGCAUUUUAGGGCUAGGCAAUAAACUAGGUAAAAAUUCAGAUACAAACGAAUUAAGAUAAAUACUGACUUAUCCAGGACUUACAUUUUGGGUUUUAAACACUGGGCUGCUUUACUUUAAUUCAUAGUGUGAUUUGUAAAAGUGACUUUUCUAUACAAAAUAUAUAAAGUUCUUUAGGAUUCAACAUAAUGCCACCAAUGCUGUCAACAGUGCUUGAGCGAUUCCAAAAUCCAGAACCUUUCAUGAAGGAAUAAUUUUAAUAUUUUAAAUAAUGCAUCUGUAACAUGCUGUUCACCGUUAUGCUCAUUCGACAGGUUUUGUACCUUGUCUAUCAGGACAACCUUUUAGAAAAAAAACAUUUUCAGUCACAAAAACAUGUCUGUUUCAGGACUAUACUGUUUUUUGUCAGCAGUCAUUACGAGAAUUUAUUCACAACAGAGAGUUCUAUUCAAACACGUAUUGGAUUAGUAUUAAAAGGGUGACCUGAUCAUCUGUGAUAAGGUCAUUUUAUUGGAUGUAUAAAUGUGUUCUUUGGAGAAAAGUUAAAUCUUUCAUAAAGCAGUUCAUCAGGACCACUAUUUUAGCUAAUUCAGUCCUGUGUCAGCUGAAUAACAGAUUUAUUUAGAGAAUCAAAUCCAGUUUGAAUCAGUUUUGUGGUUCCUAGGCUUGUAGAGCAGGGCCAGUGUCGCAGUUUAGGGGCUUGCAGUUCCAUACCCCUCCCUGAGCUCACUGCCCACUCACUCUCAGUUAGACCCCACUUCCUACUGAACACUCCAUCUGUCGGGCCGUCUGUGUUGCCAGAGAAGAGUAACAGACACAUAGGCACCAGCAAAUAAGUAUAUCAUACAAUCAUAUACAUGCAAAUUAGAUCUCGGGCCAACCCAGCUCGGAUUAUAUUAUCACAACAGUAAAUUGAUCGAUUUUAAAGAGAAUCUGCAGUAUGCUCUUUUAUGUUGAAAUUGAUUUUAAUUGAAUCAUCAUGAACUACUCACUACCAGCAUAGUAUGUCUUUAUGCACUAUUGUACAAAGCUAAAACAAGCACAAAGAUGAAAUACUGAUUUUUGAAUGUGAAUGCAGGGGCCUGUGCCUCAGCUGUCUUAAUCUCUGAAAUAUUUCAUUGUAACCUGAGUAUUUUACCUUUUUGCUUCUUCAUUUCACCUGAAACGUUCUCAAGGUUUUGUUUAGAAACCAUGUGUUGAUCAGUGUUUUAAUAUUUUAUGCUUAUUUAUUGCCCUGUGAUUUUGGUUCAGAUGGUCGGCACUGAUCCCAUUGUCUGAAGAAAAAGAAGAAAAACAUGAGUUUUUGUUAAUUUUAUUGCUGUUCUAUAGUGAAAUAGAUGUAAUUUGGAAAAUACAAUUUGCCUCAUUGCUUUCGUAUUGUUUCUCUACUGUUGAAAUACAAAUAGAAUGUAACAUGAAUAAGUUUACAAUAUCAUGGCUUGUAUUAUUGGUAUAUGCUUUAAUUUUUAAAUAAAAUACCAUUCUGUCAAUCAGAA